CGCCACUUUCCCUUCAGCAACACUUCUUGCUGUCAAUCAUUACACUGGUUGAUUCUUCCUGAUCACUUUUCGUUAUUCAAAAGAAGAAGACGAUAAUUGGAGAGCAACCAUCAGAAUGGCACCUUCUCUCGAGGAGCCGACAACGGCUUACUUCGAAGCGCCUUCCAAGAUGGCACCGAAUCUUGUCGCUCCCGAGCCAGAGCACUGCCCUGGUCCUGAAUCCGAACAAGCUGGUCAAGGCGAUGCUUGUGCUGGCUGUCCGAAUCAACAGAUCUGCGCCUCCGCUCCCAAGGGCCCCGAUCCCGACAUUCCCAUCAUCACCGAACGGCUAUCGCAAAUACGGCAUAAGAUUCUCGUAUUGUCCGGUAAAGGUGGCGUGGGUAAAUCAACAUUCACCUCCCUACUCGCUCACGCGUUUGCUGCGAACCCCGAUUCGACUGUCGGCGUCAUGGACACAGACAUUUGCGGGCCGUCCAUCCCCAAAAUGAUGGGCGUCGAGGCGGAGACCAUCCAUGUGAGCAACGCAGGCUGGAGCCCCGUGUGGGUCACGGAUAAUCUGGCCGCAAUGAGUGUACAGUUCAUGCUGCCCAACCGGGACGAUGCAGUAAUCUGGAGAGGGCCUAAGAAGAAUGGACUCAUCAAGCAGUUCUUGAAAGAUGUAGACUGGGGAGAGAUGGACUACUUGAUCAUCGAUACGCCUCCCGGAACAUCAGAUGAGCACUUGUCCGUCAACUCGUUGUUGAAAGACUCCGGUGUCGACGGUGCGGUGGUGGUCACUACCCCCCAGGAGGUAUCUUUGUUGGACGUGCGGAAGGAAAUCGACUUCUGUCGCAAGGCUGGAAUCCGCAUUCUGGGGUUGGUCGAGAACAUGUCGGGCUUCGUUUGUGGAAACUGCAACACAAAAUCGCAAAUUUUCCGAGCUACCACCGGGGGCGGAAAACGUCUUGCCAAGAAGAUGGGUAUCCCUUUCCUGGGCGCUGUACCGCUCGACCCUCGAGUAGGCAUGGCGUGCGACUACGGCGAGAGCUUCGUGGAUAAUUUCCCCGACAGCCCAGCUUCAAAGGCAAUCAAGCAGGUUGUGCGUUCGGUCGCGCAUUUUAUUGGGGAGGAGCCGGACGAUGUCCUGCCGGAGGACACGGUCGAAUAAAAGUACUGUCUCUAAUCUUUCAUGUCUAUCAGCGCGGUGCAUUUGGGACAGCAUGUAAGGGGAUUCACACGAUUUGUUAUCAUUCUUGGGCGUUUGGGCAUAGAUGCAGUUAUUCUUGAUACCAGAUUAUUUCGAAGGCACCUUGAUCACUUGUUUACGAACAAAGUAUG